UUUCGAGAGGAACAUCAUGGGCAUGGAGUGCGAAAAGUUGAAUAUAUUUUAGUUAAACCUUCUAUUCUCGUUAUUGUCAGUCGGAAAUUUACAUUCACUCCAAAAUGCCGACUCAAGUGAAGCUUGCACAGAUGGUCGAUCUGGCCCUUGGGACUCCAGAAGUCGGUGCUGUUAAUUUUAAUGUUUUACACAGUCUUUUACAUGCUAUGCUGAAAAAGUUGAACAUCUUGGAUGUUCAAGCAGAAAUUAAUGAAUUUGAUCGCGACUUCCUGUCAUCCUCAAAACAAAGGCAGAUUUCAAGUUUGAGUGAUAUAGAUAGUGGUAGAGGUGAAGAUUCUGAGGAUGCUUUGAGUGAAAAGUCAACAUCAAUUAAAAGUCGGAAUAAAUCUCCUUAUCAUCAUUUGGAAGUCAAAGUUGCAAAAAUGUCCGAACAGUUGGAGAAGUAUGGAAACGAACUACCAACUUACAAAGAGCUAUUUGAAAGGGGUAAUAUGGAUCCAUCUUUAAAUACUCCAGUAGCUGAUGUCUGGAAAUAUAUUAAAAUCCAGAAAAAAGUGGAUGCUAAUUCAGAUGGGUUGGAUGAGUUACACAACCUUGUUGAUGGCUUAAUGAAGAACAUAAAGAAACUGGAACAGGAAAACAAAAGAUUGAAUGACAAAGUCAGCGGGUUGAAUAUUGAUGACCUCUUGAAAAGACUGGCUGAUUUAGAAAAGAAAACGGAUGAGUUAAACGAGAAAUUUUCCCUGCUCCCCACCCCCGAGGAGUUGGCCCAGUACGUGACCUGGCCCUCCUUAGAGGAUGCUCUUUUGGGGAUCAAAAGAGACUGGGAGAACAUGCAGCCUCAGGAACGGGUGGUCGUAGAGAUAUCCGCACAAACAGACCCUCCCUCCCGCCCUGUUUCCUCUCGACCCCUGUCUCGAGUCAGCACCGCCAGCUCUGGUCCCUCGGCAGAAGUACUGGACAUCUUGGAAAAACUCGGAAAAUUGAGCGAGAGUCAUGAUGCUCUUACCAAAAGGGUAGAAGCUCUAGAGGCUGAAAUUAAGAACAAACUUGACAAAGAUGCAUUGGAAAACCUAAAUCUGUCUGGAGACCUACUGGAACAACUAUCUAAACUGAAGGAAGACUUGGACGCCCUUGCCCAGGCUAGAGAAAAGAAAUCACUUGCUGAGCUUGGGAAAAGAAUGUCUGAUGUCUCCUUCACAAAACUACAUGCGCAUGAAUUACAAGACAUUGCCAUCGAUGUCUUGACUCAAAAAGUUUCCAAUCUGGAGGACAAACUCAAGAUGUUCCAAGACUUGGUGAUGGAUGACAGUGCCUAUCAGAGCCAGGUGUCUGAUCUUACUAGCUGGCUGGAACAGCAGAAAAACCGCCCAGAUCCUUUGGUCGAUUUAUACGGGUCAUCCAGCAGUGCCCAGAACAUUAGCAGUGAAUCCAAGACGGAUCAGAAAGAUGGUACUAAGGUGGAGACAAAAGUUAGUAAAGCAGAUACCAAAGCAAGCAAGGCUGAUGAUAAAGAGCAGAAGGUAGGCACCAGUGCUGGAGGAAAGCGUGGAAAGAGCGCUGAAAAAGAGAAGGCUAAGACAGAUUCUGGGGAGGAGCAGAAGCCAGGGUCCCCCUCCAAGAAGGAACGGUCUGAAGAGAGCAAGGAGAGGAACUGUGAGUUUGAACAAGAGAUCAUGGCCAUCUUUGAGGAAGAAUACACAGAGAUCGUGGCUGUCCGAGACACUCCAGAUCGACCAAUCUCCAGUGCCGAGCUACAAAUGGCCAAUAAUAAAAUGAAAAAUUUAGCUUUUGUUCUGAAUGACCAGCUAGUUUUGGUCAGGGACAAGAUCUUCUGCUUGGAUCAUGAGUUGAAAAGAAUGGCUAAAGGAGUUGAAUUUGCUCUCAUGAGAGCUAAAGUAGCAGGCAUGAACGAAUUGGACAGCGAUGCCCUCAGCAGGGCUCAGCAGGCCAUUUUACAGCUACAGGCUGAGGUGGAGAAACUUCACAGUACCACCAAGGAUAUCAUUGAAGAAAACAAUAACAGGACUCAGCAGAUAGAGAGUCUCUUCCAGCACUGUGAAAAACUACAGGAAACCAAGGCAGACAAGGAAUAUGUGCAGAUGGAGGUUGAUGUUAAAGCUGACAAGAGGUCCUUGGAUAACAAAGUCAACCAUAGCCUGUUUGAUUCCACGACCAACGAGAUCAACAAAAUGAUUAAAGAUAUCCUCGACAAGCUGGCAGGUCAUGAGGAAUCUUGGAAUAGCACCAUUAAGAAGUUUGCAGAUGAUAUCGAUGGCAAACUUGAUAGACUAGAGUUAGAUCCCCUGAAGGAAUGGCUGGAGAGUAGGUUAAAGGCCCUUAAUGACAAGCUACGUAGGCAGCAGGCACAAGUGGAAUGGACUGAGGAUGAUGCUGCAGGCAUUAGAAAGCAAUUAAUUCAGCGAUUCCACUGCAUUAGCUGUGACCGUCCAGUAGAUCUAGUGCCAACAGGUCCCGUGCCUUCCCUCCCCACCACCAAUGGCCUGCCCCCCACCAGGUCCCCGCGCCCCUACACCACUUUUGAGUUGGACCAGAUCAGACAACAUGCAAAGAGGGGACCCAGAAACAACAUAAAUUUUGAGCGAGCAUUAGCUGAAAAACAGUUGGCUCGCAUGCGCAAAGCUGAUUUGAAAGCUUUUCUUGUUCACUUUGGCCGUGACCUUGAGGCGUAUCGAGAACAGAGAGAGGAAGCAGCUCGCGCUGCUUUUGCUGGAAACAGUGGUGAGGUGACGGACUAUUAUGCCACCACGCGAGCUUGUGGAGGAAGUCACACCACAACCUUCCCCAACAAGAGGAUCACACGCCUCUCUCACCUCAGCCACCUAUUCAGGGAGGAGGAUGGCAAUGUUUUCCCCAUCUACAAAGAGGAGGUAGAUGUUCAGGGAGCAGAUGGUCACAUCUACAAAGGAAGAAUGGGGGCUAAACUAGAGGCUAGACUGCCCUCUGUCACUCAGGAAUAUGGGUAUAAAGAUAUGCCUCAGGCCUAUUUGAUGGAUCGAUCCCGCUCUCCCAUUCCAGUGCCUGUUUCCCAUAGGAAGACCACUGUUUCCCCACCCCCAGGGCAUAGGGUCAUGCACACACCACAGAGACCCACAUCUGCCCGGGCCUCUCCCAGGCGAUCGACCAGUCGCUGUGAUUCCCGCCCCCAGUCAGCUCACCCCCAGAACACCAGGGGGGACAAUGCGGAGGAAUCCUCCCACACCACCCCCGCCCCUGACGAGUCGGCACAACCCACUGACGCCAUCGAAGUCCCAGUCCAAGGAGAUGCAUAGAUUCCCAACCUAUAUCUAUAGAUAGCAGUGUUACAUUAUUUUUUGUUAGAAGUUUUCCUCCUCUCUUUUGUGUAUCGUAAAAUACUUUUUUCCAAAUGAUAAGUUUAUUUUUUUAUUUUCGUGUGACCAAAAAAAUAAACUUCUGUUAUAUUGGAAAACAGCUACAGCAAAUGAAAUUCAAAGAACCAAAGCCACAUUUCUAGAAUUUAAGUACAGUUCACCAUAAGGCACAAAACAGAGGGCAAGGCAUAGUGGCAUUUUGUAAGAGUCUAUUCAUAUAUUUUGUGUAUUUGUAUGCACCCCUUUCACUAUGUGCAAUUUGUAAAUAUUCUAGCCAUGUUAAUUUAUUACUGGUAUGUGACAGCAUUUGAAAUUUUAUUUUGUUCCCUCAGUGUAGAAAAAGAUUUGUGAUAGCAGUUUUUGUGCAGGGUUGAAUUCUGCAAUAGAAUGACUUUCUAUAUACAUGUAUUAUAUUUGAUGUUCACAAUAUAGAACACUUGUAACUGCACAUCUGAACUGUGUAGUAUAGAGCAUGACAUUAUGUUAAAAAUUCUUAGUGAUUUAGUUUUUAUGUUUGAUUUCUCUGUUGUUGAAUGCAAUACAUGUGUUGUUUUCCUAUAGUGAUGAUCCAGUCAUAUUUUAUUUUUAGUCCACAAAAAUGAUUUGAACUAAAAAUAGAUUGAGAAAAAGCCUGUGAUAUUGUUGUUUUUAUAUAUACACUUAGUUAGAUGUUUUUGGAAAUAUUCCCUAUACACUGUUUUUAUUUAAAUCCAUUGUUUUAGUUGAAAAUUUGUAAUAAUAAAGAAUUCCAUUUUUUUUUUCUUUGGGGGGAACAUGUUAUCUUUUUCCGCUCAAUAUUUCAUUGGUGCUGUAGAGUUAAAAUUUUAAAAAUUCCUGUAAAUAUACAUAUAUGUGAUACAGUUUUUCCAAUUGCUGUAUACAAAUUUGGCAUGCUCAAACUUUAUUUUUCUGUAUAUUAAGUACCAAUAUAAUAUUUCUAAAAACCAUAUACAUUUAUCUAUUUUAAAAAAUUGUAUUUAAAUUUAUUUAUUACAUUUUUAUGCUGGGCAUUUGAAAAUGUAUCACUUUACCAAAUUUUGUCAAAUGAAUGUGUGGAAUAUAAAAACUGUCCUUAUAUUUUGUUUUAGAGUCAGGUAAUUCCUUUACGAAUCAGGAUAAUUAAUUAAUCAAAAUUAAAAUUUUGUUGUAUAAAUCAAAUUACUUAAUAUGCACCUAGGAGAGUGGCUCUCGAUGAUUCCGUCCAACGUAGACUCAAAAUGUGCACAAGCAGUAUUGACCAGUAUUUAUACAUCUUCAUUCUUUGUUGAUCUAUAUUCUGCUAAUAAAGAAAAUAUUUCUUAUAA